GCGAUGCGAGACAUGAAGCGCUCUGAAAUCAUCAGCCGAAGAAGAAAACCACAUCACACGUGAGAACCAUGCCGAAAUCUAAGAGAGACAAGAAAGUGUCUUUAACCAAAACAACCAAAAAGGGGUUGGAAGCUAAACAAAACCUAAUUGAAGAGCUGCGGAAAUGUGCAGACAUCUACAGAUACGUGUUUGUAUUCUCUGUAGAGAACAUGAGAAACAACAAACUAAAAGACAUCAGGACGGCCUGGAAACACAGCAGAUUUUUCUUGGGCAAAAAUAAGGUGAUGACAAUCGCUUUAGGUAAAGGACCCACAGAUGAGUAUAAAGAUAACCUGCACAAGGUGAGCAGGUUUCUAAGAGGUGAAGUUGGUGUUCUUUUCACAAACAAAACCAAAGAGGAGGUGAAAGAGUAUUUCAGUAACUUUAAAGAGGUGGAUUACGCCCGUGCAGGGAACCAAGCAACCAUGGCAGUGACAUUGGAUGAGGGUCCGCUGGAGCAGUUUCCACACUCUAUGGAGCCUCAGCUGAGACAGCUUGGCCUUCCUACAGCUCUGAAGAAGGGUGUGGUUACGCUGAUUAAGGAUUUUGAAGUGUGUAAAGAUGGAGACACACUCACUCCCGAACAAGCUCGUAUUCUGAAAUUCUUUGGAAUCGAGAUGGCAGAAUUCAAAUUGUCUAUUAAAUGCAUGUGGAACUCUGAAACCGGUGACUUUGAGAAGCUGACGGAGGGUGAGGAGGAUGAAGGAAUAGAGGAAGAUGAUGGAGAUGAAAGUGAAUAAACUUUGACGCAUGAAAUGGAAUUUUUACACGAACAUUUUCCCUUUUGUGUUCCAACAAAGAUGCACAUAAAGUGAAUUUUCUCAGCGAAUUUCCAUUUCUGUCGGAGUCUUGGGAAGUUUUGUGCAUUUGGUUAAGUUUGUAAACAAUCGUAUUGUGCAAUGUUCUGCAGGAUACUAUAAAUACAGGAUGUUGUGUGACGUCAUUUUAUGACAGGAGUGAUUUUAUCGGAGAAGAUAAACAGCAACUCAAGAUUUGCCAAUAUUACAGAUUUAUUGCAUUCACAUUCAAACAUGUACAUUUGAAAAACAGCAGAAAAUCUCAAGAGAAGUUUGAUUUGAAAGACUUAAUGUUUGAGUUUAUUAAUAUGGUGGGCUGUUCCAACUCAGUUUAUCACUUUUCAUUGAACAAAUUAAAUGUCAAAAUGAUGUUAGUAGUACAAAAAUAAAAUUAUCUGUAUGUUAGUUCUCAUAAA